GGGGCCCAGGCCUGCGCCUGGCGGAACCGCCGCUUAAAGGCGGGCGGGUGGAAGCGGGCUGGGCUGUGGAGAUGGCGGUGACGGGACGGCAGACGGACUUGGAGAACGGCUCCUUGGAAAUAACACAGAGUUUAGAAGAUGAAGCUCUGUUGGAUGCACCGCUUACUUCGUCUCAUACGCUGCAUUCUCAACUAAGGCCGAGAUUUCAUGCUAUCCCAGUAGUUCUCCUUGCCAACUUUCUGUUGCUACUGCACGUUGCUUUCGUUGUUCUAGCAUUUCUAGCAGCUAUGUUUUGUUCUUACCCCAAUCCAAAUCAGGAUAAAUGCCCUGGGAACUAUACUCACCCAUUUAAAGUACAGACUGUCAUAAUAAUUGCCAAGGUAAUUCUGUGGAUUCUGCACGUGUGUUUUGAACGCUACGUCCACCACCACCACAGCAGGAUCAGGAGCAGAGGCUACUUCUUAAUAUAUCGAUCGACAAGGCAUCUCAAGAGGCUUCCAUUGGUGAUACAUUCUACAGGUAAUGCAGCCCUGCUUUUGAUUUUGUCAACCCAGCAUUCCUUUCCUGAUCACAGUAAAGUGUACCUGUAUCUUAUCCUGGGUGUCCUGGGCCUGGAGCUGAUCAGUUCACUGACAUGUCUAGUGAUUUACACAGUGAAAAUAAGCAACUUCAAUCGUGCGAAGCCAAGACCUGACAUAAUUGAAGAAGAAAAGAUGUAUGCUUACCCUAGUCACAUUACCUCAGAAGUUGGAUUUGGGGAAAAUUCAAGUUUAGAAGAGAUCGUUGAGAAGCAAGGAGAUGUAAUAGAAUAUCUUCAGCGACACAAUGCACUGCUCAGCAAGAGACUGUUGGCAUUAACAUCUCAGCAAACCAAAACUUAAAUGCUUGGAGAACUGCUGCUGGAGCUCAGGAGAGAAUACGAGGCAAUACAAUAUCCAAACAGACCUGUAGAGAUGAGUCUUCAAUCUUCUUUCCCAUUUAAAAAUAGAGCUUAAAUUGCAAGUAUGAGCUCUGCGUACACUGUAAACCUGUGACAACUGGACUUAAUGGCUUUUUUCACAUCAGUUCUGAGAAAAUCUUCAGGAACAUAAAGGAUUUUUAAUUCCUAAGAGGUUACAAUUGGAGUUAAGGGACUGGUUUAACUUUUUUCAGUCGUUGCUGUUAUUUUGCACUGGUGUAUUUUUUUUUUUUUUGAGCUUUAAGUUACUGAAGUACUUUCUAGAAUGCACAUUUGUUCUCAAUUAAAACCUGAUUUUGCAGAGGAUUCCUCUCAGCGUACAGUACUGAAGCUGGGGUAUCUUGAAUGUAGGUGUUCAAUCACUGCACUUCAGUAUGUCCAGUGUUCAAGGUGUUAUGCUUCAAUAAUCCUGUACAAAGUAGAUACUUGCAUUCUAGAUUUGUUUUCUCCUUUGCCCAGUAAAGGAAUGAAGUUGUUUCCUAUGCCAGCAGGAAUAUUUAGCAUCCAGUUGAAAUAAUAAGAAGGGCAGAAGGGAAGGGUGGUAUCCUAAAAUGUACUGGGACUGCAUGUGAGAUUUGACAACGUUAUGAUCAGCAGUUUGAGGAGCUGAUCAGAAUGCUGGCUGUGGAUAACAAAAAGGUGUCUUCAGGUCUGCUGAUUCUCCUGCUACUGGAAUUGUGUGUCAGCAAAGACUAAACAGGAUUCCUUCUGCCUGCCAAACUGACACACAAAUGGUAAGUGCUGUCAUUGACCCUGUAACCCAUUAGUGUUCAAUGGGGUUUAAAGUUAGAUCCUGUUAGAGCCACUGUCACAGUUGCUUUGUGCUUCGACUCUUCAUAAAUGUUGCUGUCUAAAUUUAAAAGCCAAAAUGAAUGUGUGUGGUGGAUAUCAGCAGGGGACAGAAUGGCCUUCUGGAAGUGGAAAAACAAGAGUUCUAACAGAAUAAAUUUAUUGGGAAGGGUGGUAAAAAUCAUUCUUUUCAGAUACUUUGUCUACCACUGUAGUCUAAGCAUUAUUUUAGAAGCAAAUGUCUGUGGGAAGACAGAAUAAUUACUGGUCAAAACUGGGAGGAAGAUCCUCGUGAGGAGUGGUCUUGUGGCUGAAUAUGGGGAAAGAAACACAAAUAUUCUAUUUUUUUUACUGGAACACAACUUCAAAAAUAACUAAACUGUCUACUGUAAUAACAAAGAUGGAGAUUGUCUUUUAUUAUAAGAAAGAAGUUGAUAUUUUGCUGCUAUUUAACACUAAACUGUACCCCUUAAUUGUUUUUUGGAAAUAAAGCCACGUUUUUGUAGUAAACAUAGAAAGGAUAUAAAUGUUUGUUUUUAGAACUCAGGUCUGAAUGUGAUUGUGUAUAAUGACUUAAAUAACUGCUAUGGAAAGCAGUCAACUGUGACUGAAGCUCAUGUACAAUAAAUACAACUAAGGGGAACUGAUGCCAUUACUACUGUUCUGUGUAAGACUGCAGCAUAUUGUGAGCAGUUGUAAGCUGCUGAGUUGUUCUGAAUGAAUUCAAGGCUGGGAUGACUGAACUUGAUCUCUACACCCACCUCACUGUGGCCUGAUGCCCACACCAUUUGGGUAAGUAAGAAUGGUUCUAAGAAGUGGAAUGAAGGGACUGAUAGGUACAGUGAGGGGAGAAUGUGUUCUAGGAAAACAAGCCUUAGGCAGAUAUGCAUCAGGGAAGGUUUAAAUUAGGUGCCAGGAGGUGUCUCUCCACAGGGAAGGUAGCCAAGCACUGGAACCAGGCUGCUUCGUGUCCCCAUCCAUCAAGGUAGUGAAGAUGUGUGCUUGGGGAACCAAGGGGAUGUAGUUGAGUGAUGGAAUACUGUUAGACUCGACGAUCAGGAGCUGUUUUCCAUGCAGCAGAUGCUGUGCUAAGCUGAGCAGCAGUACCAGCCCUGUUCCUGUGGGCAGCUACAAGGUGAGGGGCAGCUUUCUGUGCAUGCAUCUCCUGCUCUGGCCAUGUCGCUGUGACGCAUGCUGUCAAUUGUGGAUGCUGCUGAACUGGAGAAGCAGAGUGCUACCCUCAUUCCAGCUCUGAGCCCUGGCUCAGAGAACUGCCUGUUCUACUGGCAGUGCUGUGCUUUGCUUUUCUGAAACCCACUGCUUGCUGUGAGCUUCACAUGGGAUGUUGGGUUUCUGACCACUGGCGAUGACUCAGAGUUGUUCCCCAAAUGUUCGUGUUAGUGUUCUGGCAGCUUUUGGCCAGGAUGUUGAAAUGAGCUAAAUGCGUUUUGUUCUGCUUCUUAAUAGUGCCUAGCAGAAAUUAUCCUGUGAAACCACCUCUGUGUUUCACCUCAUGCAGGAAAUCAGACUGCCGGACUUUGUAACAGCAUUUCCAUCUGUAGAGUGCUAUACAAACUUCUGCAGUCACGCAGCUUCACCCUGCAGAAGGUCAUCCUCACUCGAAGAAAGAGAGUGAUGCUGAAGAACAAAGGCAGGCUGGCAGACAACGAUCUGACCUUGAGGUAACUGGAGAGAUGUUUAGGAAAAAAAAAAAGCAAACCAGCAUCAUCAGCAUUGGAAUUUGUUAAGCUUCCAGGGCAUCGCUGUUAACUAGAGACAGGCUCCGAUGUUUGUGCUGUCCAAGCCAGAGCCAUUUCCCACUGCAAAGCAUUCAGCAGACUGAUCGCUAGCGGGGAAGAUAAAGGCCAUCUGCAGUAGUGAGAGAUCAGUAUGCUAAUUGUACUUGUCUGAUGAUAGUCAGGCACUUGAAACUUAUUUACCAUGCUAAUAGUGCUCCCGAUUGACAUUAAUGCAAAUCUUAUGUGACCCUUAACAAAAUCUGGCUUUGUGUCUGCCGCUCUUGAGAUAUUUAUAGCCUAUGUAUGUGGCGUAAGGGAAAUAUUUCCAGUCUUUCUUCUUCCAUAAAUUUCCUUUUUUCAUUUUGGAAAGGGAAGAAGUGAAUUGUUUAUUAUUCUUUGGGAACGAACUGAUCGGCUGUUUCUCACCGCGGCCUUACACUUACCUCCAUUUCCUGUCUGUUCCAUGCAACCACGAGACCAGGCAUUAGUUCUGAGUUUCAGAAAAAUUCACAUUUUGGACUUUGGAGUCUGGGGGCUGAGUAGACCUCCGGUCAGGUCUCUUGGUUGUUGGAUUCUAUCAAUUUAAUCUCAGUUCUGAGUUUGAAUGGACAGCAACUUUCCUUUAAAACGGGCUUCCUUUAUACGCUCAUGCAUGCAGAUGGGGAAUUGAGCUGUUCUAGCACUGAGCCCAAAUACUGCAUGUUUAUACGUCUGAUCACACUGUAUCCUGGGAAACUCUUUUUGCCAUAAUAUGUUGCACAAAUUAUCUACAAAAAUUCAACUAAGUCAAGGACAAGCCUGACUCGGCUGAAAACAACGCAGCCCUAUUAAAUGUAAAUGAUAACACAGAGUGGCCCGGGUUGGAAGGGACCUUGAGGAUGAUGAAUCUCCAACCCCAUGCCAUGUGCAGGGCCGUCAACCUCCACAUUUAAUACCAGCCCAGGCUGCCCAGGGCCCCAUCCAACCUGGCCUUGAACACCUCCAGGGACAAUAUUGUGCACUAGCAGCAUCACUAGGCUCUUGAACUGCAGUGUUCAAGAUAGGUAGCUAGGGCUCAACUUACAGUGCCUGACCUGUGCAGGGAGAAGCUACCGCAAGUUUUUGUUUCUGCUGCUCUUUGCCCUGUUUCCAAAUGUUUUGUCCUGAAAUCAGCAAAGUUCUUUUGGACUUUCAGAUUCUAAACCCUGCACCCUGAGCUCAUUACAAGUCUUGCUUAUUCUAUACGUGUUGGCAGUGCGUGGUCUGCAGUCUGCUGUAAUCUUAUGGUGUUGUGUCACAGUGGAGUGUGUUGUGAUUACAUAAGCAGUACUUUUAAAACAAGUUCUUCUGACUUUUACCAGAAUUUAGCAUUUAUUUGUAAGAAAUCCAGUAACAAAGGGUUUUACACAUAGCUUCUAUGUCAAUUUACAGUAAAAGUAGAAAAAAAGCUCUAUUUUCUCUAGGUGCAUCACCUCUGACAUAAGAAUAGCAACGUCGAGCAGUGUACAAGGAUUCCUUAAAAAGAAGCAUUGCUAUUUGAAGUGCAUACUUUUCACAAAAUAUACAAUCAGCUAGCAUAUAAACAUAUCUAUCAUAUAUUGCCAUCAAUGUCUUUCUCAAAGAAAAUUUUGUUACCAAUGUGCCUUUAAAAAAAAACAAAACAACAGACAUUAAAAAUUUUGGAGAGACUGACAACAGGCUUCCUAGGACACUUUGGUGAGUGUUGCAUUUGUUUUUAUAUUCAUAAAGGAACAUGCAUACAUAGGACUUUGGUAUUAAAUCUAUACACUCAUUAUUAAGGUAACCAUUAAAUAGUUACUUUUGAGAUGUCUUGCUUUCCAUAAUCUCUGCGUUAGGCAUAUAAGAAGGCUAAGUUAAAUUAAAAACAAAACAAAA